AUGGCCCGUCUCAUCGAGAGCAAUUUUCUUUCCCAUCUAUUGGCUAGUGACGUCGCCGGUUUAAGAAUAGAUAUGAUGUCUGCCUAGUGACCUGAGGAGAUGAGUGAUGCUGAUCGUCUGGUGGCCAAUCUUCGAAAGGUUCCCGUCCGUCUGCCAAAGGAGUUGGAGGUGCGCCAGCUAUGCCGAUCCCUGAGUGAGUUGCUCGCCAGCGAGGCCAACCUGCUGAGCCUGCAGAGUCCGCAGAUCGUUUGCGGCGACAUUCAUGGGCAGUUCCAGGACCUGCUGCACUUACUGGACCUAGGCGGAUCGGUCCAGCAACAUCGCUAUCUGUUCCUGGGUGACCUGGUAGAUCGAGGCAAGAAUAGUCUGGAGACUUUCAUACUCUUGGCUGCUCUCAAAGUCCAAAAUCCCAAGCAAGUGAGCCUGCUUAGGGGCAAUCAUGAAUGCCGCAGUGCCACACGAUCGUACGGGUUCUAUGAGGAGUGCCUGGCCCAGUAUGGAUCUCCUAAUGUAUGGAAUAUGUGCUGCCGUGUAUUUGAUCUCUUGCCCCUGGCAGCGAUCAUUGAUGAGCAAACAUUUUGUGUUCAUGGCGGCCUGUCGCCGGACAUUAGACAGUUGGAUGAGUUCCAUAAGCUAGAUCGCUGCCAUGAGAUACCGCCAAGCGGCUGCAUUGCUGACCUCCUUUGGAGUGACCCCCAGGAAGCAAACGGAUGGAUUGCCUCGCCACGGGGACAUGGACAACUCUUUGGUGGCGAUGUGGUAGAAAAGUUUAGCCGAAGCAAUGGAAUCUCUCUCAUAUGCAGGUCUCAUCAGUUGGCCCAGGAUGGCUUUCGAUGGCAUUUUGGUCAAAAGCUUGUGACCAUUUGGUCUGCGCCCAACUAUUGUUAUCGCUGCGGUAACAAGGCGGCUAUUCUACGUCUAAAUUCUGGCGGAGGAUUCAGUUUUGAGGUGUUCGAAGCGCAGGCAUUACACACCAAACCCCAGCCCAAGAGACAAAAAAAGCGAUGCCGUCAGUUUUUUUUGUGAUGCAAUCUCCGCGUGAAUCCUAUUCCAAAGAUUAAGUACAAUGUCAAGUUCAUAGAGAGCGAAAAUCAGCUGUUGCAACUAGUCAAACACCCACCCAAACACUCUUAAACCAUAACUCUGCCAUUCCACAUUACUCUUUUUCUCGUAAUCAAUAAAAUAUAUGUAUGCACAAAUGUGUACAGAUGUACGCAGUUAAAACACACUCAGGUAGAUUUUUAUUUACUGGCGUUUGCUCUGGCUCUCUUAAUGUAUGUAGACGUAUCUGAACUCUCUUUUUGAUAUGCCGCUGAAACAUUUCAAUUUUCUCAACACAGUUAUGAUUCCAACUCGAUUUUUUCAUUAAAAAUAAACUUACAAGCAUGUAAUAGAUGAUGACUAAUUGUCAUUCGGCUUGUUCGUUUGCUAAUUAGUUAAAGUAGUUUUUUAUUAACAACCACCUUAGCUGUGAUCUUUUUAACUGCUGCUAAAACCAGUCACUCUAUACUUUCGACAGUCACU